AUGUUCGCCAAUGGAUAUGAAGAGCCUCAUGUGGCCUCGUUCUGUCGUAACUGGCGUUUUGUUGGACCUUCGCUGACCAUUUCCCCACUAGCGCCCGCUAAGGCCAAGGGCCAAAAGAUGAGCAUGGUGGAGUUCCUGGGAGUCGACAAGCCCUCUGGUGAUUUCAGCUGGGCCGACGAAUCUGAGGAGGCAGGUCUCGAGACACCCAACGUGCCCGCCGAGAGAAGGGACAAUCGCUCGUCCUAUGGCAUGGGCUUUGGAAGUGGUGGUUUCGACCGUGAGGCCCGUGGUGGAUUCGAGAGCCGUGGAUAUGAAACCCGUGGCGGAUACGCCGUUCGCGAGCCCCUCGACCUUCCCACUGAGCCCCCAUUCACUGCCCACAUUGGGAACCUGUCCUUCGAAGCCACCGCUGCCGACGUUACUGACCUGUUUGCCGACUGUGGUGUGACCAAUGUCCGAAUUGUGGAAGAUAGGCAGACAAACACCCCCAAGGGCUUUGGCUACAUUGAGUUUGAGACCGUUGCUGGUCUGCAAAAGGCCCUUGACCUGUCUGGCACCUCCCUGAUGGGCCGUACUAUUCGCACCAGCGUCGCCGAUCCUCCCAAGGAGACUCGUGCUGAUCCCCGCGACAUGGACUGGACCCGCCGCGGUCCCCUUCCCCCGCCCCCUCUGAGCGCCGCUGAACGAGGUGGCCGUCGCAGCAACUACGAGUCCGAUGGAAAGUUCCGCGACUUCGGCAACUGGGAGCGCAAAGGCCCUCUUUCUCCCCCAGCUGGCGCUGGCUUCCGUGAGGGUGGUCGGCCUCGCAACACCGAUGGCCCCUCGCCUGCCUGGGGUGAGGGACGUUCGCAGGAUGGUUCCCGACCCCCACGUCCUGAUCGCCCUGAGCGGACCCCCACUGCUGCCGAUAUGGACAACCAGUGGCGCUCUAAGAUGCGCCCCGAUGCCGCCCCGAAGGAGCCCACCUCUCCUACUGCUCCCGCUUCCCGCCCGAGACUGAACCUGCAGAAGCGCACCGUUCCCGAGACCGAUUCCACACCCGCCGCCGGUGCUGGCGAUUCCAAAGCGAGCCCCUUCGGUGCCGCUCGUCCCAUCGACACUGCUACCCGUGAGCGUGAAGUAGAGGAGCGCCGCCAGCUUGUUCUUCGCCAGAAGAAGGAGACCGAGGAGAAGGCCAAGGCCGAGAAGGCCGAGAAGCAAAAGAAGGAGCCCAAGCCGGGCAUGGAUUCCAACAAAGACGCCAUUGAGCCCCCCAAGGGCGGCGGUAACUUUGAGAUCCUCCGGCGGGCUGGUGAGGACGAGAGCAGCAUUCCCGCUGAUAAGGAGACUGAGGAGACGGCUGCCCCAGCUGCUGCGGCUGAAGAGGCCCCCAAGGAGGCCGCUGCUAACGGUAGCUGGCGCACUGCCGAGACUCCUGCUGAUGAUAAUGACGGAUGGAGCACUGUUGACACGACCAAGAAGCGUGGCCGCCGUGGUGGCCGUUUCUAA